AUGGCUGGGAGUAAUGAAGUCAACCUUAAUGAAUCUAAGAGGGUUGUUCCACUGAAUACAUGGGUGCUUAUCUCCAAUUUCAAGCUAGCUUACACCAUCCUCCGCCGUGCGGAUGGAACAUUCAACCGUGAGUUAGCCGAGUAUCUCGAGCGUAAAGUUCCGGCGAAUGUGUUUCCGGUUGAUGGGGUUUUCUCAUUUGAUCACGUCGAUCGAGCUUCUGGUCUUCUCAAUCGAGUUUAUCAGCUGGCCCCGGAAAAUGAAGCUAAAUGGGGCAUCAUUGAUCUUGAGAAGCCUUUAAGCACUACAAAAGUUGUUCCUGUCAUUCUGUUUUUUCAUGGUGGCAGUUUUGCUCAUUCAUCAGCCAACAGUGCUAUCUAUGACACCUUUUGCCGCCGGAUUGUAAGCGUUUGCAAGGCAGUUGUAGUCUCGGUUAACUACCGGCGAUCGCCUGAACACCGAUAUCCAUGUGCCUACGAAGAUGGCUGGGCUGCUCUCAAAUGGGUUAAAUCAAAAACAUGGUUGCAAAGUGGGAAGGAUUCCAAGGUUCAUGUGUAUUUGGCUGGAGACAGUUCUGGUGGCAACAUUGCUCAUCAUGUUGCUGUGAGGGCAGCUGAAGAAGACAUCGAGGUACUAGGCAACAUCCUUCUUCACCCGAUGUUUGGAGGCGAAAAGAGAACCGAAUCGGAGAAGAAACUCGACGGCAAAUACUUUGUAACCAUUCAAGACCGAGAUUGGUACUGGAGAGCUUAUCUCCCUGAAGGAGAAGACAGAGAUCAUCCAGCUUGUAACAUUUUUGGCCCCAAAGCCAAAAGCCUAGUAGGACUUGACUUCCCUAAAAGUUUAGUCGUUGUCGCCGGUUUGGAUCUAAUGCAAGAUUGGCAACUCGCAUAUGUGCAAGGCCUAAAAGACUCCGGUCAUAAUGUGAAACUCCUCUUCCUCGAGCAGGCGACAAUUGGGUUUUACUUCUUGCCAAACAAUGAACAUUUCUACUGUCUAAUGGAAGAGAUAAACAACUUCCUCAACCCUUAA